ACACUCCUUCACGUGCGCGGCUCCAGCCGCUGCGGUACCAGUUAUUUGCGUGAUAGCGAAGCACACAGCGGCAGAAGUCGCAAACCAUGUUGCUGGCGUCGAUUUUGGUAAUCAGCAGUUGCCUUCUCUCCAUCCACGCCGGUCCGCCGGCAACAGAGGUGCAGGGUAAUGAUAAUGGAUCCGGAAAAUCGAGGGGACUGUCUGAUGCCACAGCAGAGGUGCACACAGUUGCAGAUCACCUCAGAGUGGCAGACAUCACUGGCGUGGACCAUCGAAAGGACCCGCACGUGACCAUCACAUAUUCCAUCUGGGUGGGAACGAACGUAUCAGAGAAGUACACCCUUUUACUUCACCCUGUGCGCAACACGUCCUUCUAUGACGUUAUGAUCCUCGCCGCUUCGAUAGACGAGCAUUAUCAGUUUGAGGCGACAGAGUGGCCCUAUGGGCACUACAUCACGAUGCUGGCUGGCCACAGGGAGGAUCCUGCCAAUUACCUCUUCUGGCUGAUCUACCAAACACCACAGCUGCCCGACCCUGCCAGCCCACCUGGCAAUGAACUCCUCACUCCUGUUGGUGUGGACAGCUUGUACGUUGAUGAAGGGGACAACUAUUUGUUCUGGCUCAGAAAUCUGUAACUUUCCACAGAAUGGCUAUGAAAUGAAAUGUUGUAUCCAGACAAUCCCAAUAAAUGCUUCUCCUGCAGUAA